AUGGAUCUGGUGUUGCUCGGCAACGUCAUCGGGACUCUGUUCCCACGGCAGGACAGCGACGCGUUAUCCUUCUCCUCCUCCGACGGGACGACAACGACGACGACGACGACGACGCAGUGGAACGAAGAGCUACGAGUCACCGAGGAAGAGCUCUUCGAAGCCGCGAAGAGGAUUGCACCCCGCUACGUUGCACCGGGUCCGGACGGAAUCCCAGGCCGAGUUUGGGCGGAGUCGAUCGACACCUUGGCUCUCCGACUGCGGCAUUUGCCUGAAGGAGGGCGUCUACCCCCGGACAUGGCGUACGGCGAGAUUAGUCCUACUGCGGAAGAAAGGUCGUCCGUUGGACUCUCCGUCCCCGUACAGGCCGGUGUGCCUUCUCGACGAGGUGGGCAAGGUGUUCGAGAGAGUGAUCGCCGCCCGUCUGGAGGACCAUAUGUCGGAGCGUGUGCCUGGAUGGCACGAUAG